UUGAUAGUGAAAGUUGAAACCCCUUGAACUUGAAUUGAAAGGAACUUGUAAUGGAACACAUCUGGAAGUGAUGCUAUUCUACAUUGUGCUGCUGUUUCAUCACCAUUUUCUUCUGGUCAAUUCAGAACACCAAAGAAACUUCUCGCAUACAGGCAUUUCUCAUUCUUUUCUUAUAGACAGGGCAAGAACAAUGGCCAUGACAAGUUCAAGAGAAACUAUAGCAUCAGUUAAUAGGCGAGGUGGUGGAGGUCAUGGAGGUGGUCACGCAAGCAGCAUGGGAAUGCAUGGUGGUGAGAAUGGUGAACACGGCAAUUUGCCACGCCCACUUGGCACAAACCCUGUAUAUGCAGGUGCUGCUGCAGGAUCUGCUCACCAGAGAAACAAUAAUCACCACCAUGGUAAAAGUAAUGGCACAUUAAAUUACGUGUGCUUUUAUCAUUUCCUUCUUUUGUUUCUUUCUAUGGCUAUUGGAAUAUCUCUAUGUACCUAACCUAAGCAUACAUGCAUGUAUGUAGUCGCUUUACGUUGAUUCUGCCGUUAUCCAAUUUAACAACUUUUGUAUACGAUGUUAACAGUAUAGUGUGAUAAAUUGAUACAUGAAAAGUGUGUUU